AAAGUUCAAUCAUCAAAUACAGAGUAAAGCCUCAAAAUGAAAGAAUUUGGGAAAACAGGGCAAAUGCCCUUAUCAGUUUGCCUACUAGUAGUAAGCAUCAUGAUCUCUCAAGUGUCCGCUUUCGAUGCUUAUGUUUACUCAUCUCCCCCUCCGCCCAUAGAAAUUACACAUCCUGAUUAUAAAUCAUCGCCACCUCCAAAACAUGAAGAGUAUAUCUACAAAUCUCCACCUCCGCCUUCAAAGAAGUACUCUUACAGCUCUCCUCCACCGCCACCAUAUCAGUACAAAUCACCACCACCUCCAAAGCACAUAGAACAUCCCGAGUACACCUACAAAUCUCCGCCUCCGCCUCCAAAGAAGUACUCUUACAGCUCUCCUCCGCCGCCACCAUAUCAGUACAAAUCACCACCACCUCCAAAGCACAUAGAACAUCCGGAGUACAUCUACAAAUCUCCACCUCCACCACCAAAGAAGUACUCAUACAGUUCCCCCCCUCCGCCACCAUAUCAAUACAAAUCACCUCCUCCUCCUAAACAUGUAGAGAAUCCCGAGUACACCUACAAAUCUCCACCUCCGCCUCCAAAGAAGUACUCUUACAGCUCUCCUCCACCGCCACCAUAUCAGUACAAAUCACCACCACCUCCAAAGCACAUAGAACAUCCUGAGUACACCUACAAAUCUCCACCUCCACCACCAAAGAAGUACUCAUACAGUUCCCCCCCUCCGCCAUCAUAUCAGUACAAAUCACCUCCUCCUCCUAAACACGUAGAGAAUCCCGAGUACACCUACAAAUCUCCACCUCCGCCUCCAAAGAAGUACUCUUACAGCUCUCCUCCACCGCCACCAUAUCAGUACAAAUCACCACCACCUCCAAAGCACAUAGAACAUCCCGAGUACACCUACAAAUCUCCGCCUCCGCCUCCAAAGAAGUACUCUUACAGCUCUCCUCCGCCGCCACCAUAUCAGUACAAAUCACCACCACCUCCAAAGCACAUAGAACAUCCCGAGUACACCUACAAAUCUCCACCUCCACCACCAAAGAAGUACUCAUACAGUUCCCCCCCUCCGCCACCAUAUCAAUACAAAUCACCUCCUCCUCCUAAACAUGUAGAGAAUCCCGAGUACACCUACAAAUCUCCACCUCCGCCUCCAAAGAAGUACUCUUACAGCUCUCCUCCACCGCCACCAUAUCAGUACAAAUCACCACCACCUCCAAAGCACAUAGAACAUCCUGAGUACACCUACAAAUCUCCACCUCCACCACCAAAGAAGUACUCAUACAGUUCCCCCCCUCCGCCAUCAUAUCAGUACAAAUCACCUCCUCCUCCUAAACACGUAGAGAAUCCCGAGUACACCUACAAAUCUCCACCUCCGCCUCCAAAAAAGUACUCUUACAGCUCUCCUCCACCGCCACCAUAUCAGUACAAAUCACCACCACCUCCAAAGCACAUAGAACAUCCCGAGUACACCUACAAAUCUCCGCCUCCGCCUCCAAAGAAGUACUCUUACAGCUCUCCUCCACCGCCACCAUACCAAUACAAAUCACCACCACCUCCAAUGCACGUAGAGCAGCCCGAGUACACCUACAAAUCUCCACCUCCACCACAAAAGAAGUACUCCUACAGUUCUCCUCCACCACCACCAUACCAAUACAAAUCGCCACCUCCUCCAAAACACGUAGAGAAUCCCAAGUACACCUACAAAUCCCCACCUCCACCUCCAAAGAAGUACUAUUACAGCUCUCCUCCACCGCCCCUAUAUCAAUACAAAUCACCACCACCUCCAAAGCACAUAGAACAUCCCGAGUACAUCUACAAAUCUCCACCUCCACCAUAUUCUUAUGCAUCUCCUCCACCUCCAUCGCCAUCUCCGCCUCCAUCUUACUACUACAAUUCACCCCCUCCUCCUAGGAAAUAAUUAAGGAGUUUGACUGAUAUUUCACAUUCGUGCCCAACGAGAGCUUAGUUCGUGUGGAUUUUGUUGGUCUUCAAGAUUUCUUGGUUGUUUCUUUUUGCAUUUAUUCGUCAACAAUGAAGUGGUUGACUAAGAUUGUUGAUUUAUCACGUUUGUAUCAUUGCCUUUUAUUUUAAUUACCGAUGAAAAUUCAUUAUGUAAUUUUGAAUUAUUAGUAUCUCAUGCGAUUGUGCGUAGAAGGUUUUCGUGAUCU